AUGCAAUGUCCUUUCACGGGGCAGCUGGCUAGUGAUGACACGGAGCCAGACAAAGAUGGGGCUACACCACAGGACCCAUCAGAUAACACUGCCAGUCAAGCCACGCUGGAAAAAGGAGCCACGCCCUCAUCCCCCAACCAGACACUCCCAGUUACCGAAGAAGUCACCACAAAGAAGACACAAGUUAUAGAGACUUGUAAGGAGGAAGAGAGGCCUUCUGCUACAGCUCCUGAAAGCGACUCUCAACCACGCAGUGAGGCGGCCACUGGAUCAAACCUGUCUGUUACCACGACACUGCCCUCCUCUACACAUGCCAGCGUUAAACUGGCAGAGCAACAAACAGUCACCUCAUCAGAUAUUAGUACGGACGACAAUCCUGAAGCAGUGCAAAUUCCUGUUGACAAGCCAAGUGAUAUUAAUUGUAAGGCAUUGUCUUGCUCUGCGUCAACAUCAACUAAAGAAACUGGCUCCACUGCAGCGGAAACACCUCAAGAAUGUAAUUCAGUGACAAAGUCUGUCUCUGAACAAGAUAAAGAUAACCCAAUCUCUCAUGAGACACACAAUCUCUCUGUGAGACCAGAUGAUAAUGAAAAUCACACCAACACUGAACAGCAUACAUUUGCUAAACAAGCUGAGAGUAAAGAAGACGAAGCAGCCGGAGAUGAGAGAUGUCUUUACUCAGAUGACCCAAAAACAAAAACAACUGAGUGUUCUGCUGAUCCACCUUCAGUAAGGAAGGAAACUGCCCAAAGCACUGCGGCUGUUGACACCAAAUCAAAUGAGAAAACAAACACAAGCCUGGCAGAGGGACAGAAACAGCAGUCAGACAACAGAGAUGUCUCCAAGUCAACGCCCUCCGGCCCCUCUCAGUCAGAGGGAGGAGAAGGCGGGUCUUCUAGUGACAUCACAAACGUUACCAAGCAGUGAAUGUACGUCUGUGUACUUCCAUGCUGUCACGUCCAAAGAUUUUAAUUUGGAUCCAGCAAAGGAUGAGAUUUUCUUAAGGUCUGAAAAAUUGUAUGGAGGUUGGGAUAAACCUGGCCUGAAAAUGUCCUUCUCUAGGUCUCUAGGGGAAAAGAGAUAUCUUGUUGAAGGACGAGUUAUGAUUCCCAAGAACAUCAUUCAUAAGAG